AUGCAAAUGCGUGCUGAACCUGCUAUGAUGGGAAUGCCUAUGCGACCCCAGAUGCACAUCGAGGCUGAAUUGCAGAAUGAUGCUCAAAAGCUUGCUGAAAAGGCGAAGACUGCGUUUGAGCAUCAAGACACGCACGAGCUGAAGGAAGGUGCAACAGCCAAGAUGGCCUCUGAUCAAGUGGAGAAGAGCGUCCCUCAGGCAAAGGGUCUUCUGAAGGCUGCUUUGCAACAGCAGGGUGGCAGCGACCUGGCCCAGAAGGUCUUUGUCACGAACAUCCGUGAUCCUUGGUCUCGCUUCUGGAGUCAGCUGCGUCACGAGAUGGCACCAUGCCUUUCAACAGUGCAGGCUCUUGCUGUUUGCGUGGCUGGCCAACACCAGAGGCUUGGUCCCUGGUGGUCGCCGACAUCUCACAUUGAUUCUGUUCUUGGUGUAUCUGGUUUUCGCAUCUCGGCAUCGCCACAUAUUUAUAGUGACAACUACUACACCCGGAUGCUGCUGAACCGCACCGAUCUCAACGGGCCACCCUUGACAGAACAUGAUUACGAGGUUGCGAAGUCGAUCCUGUUUCAGCGAAUGUCUGCUGUGAUCGUAGUUGAGGACUUUGCAAGAUCUGCGCUUCAACUCGCAUGCACAUUGGGGCUGAACCUGGAAGCUGACAUUGCCCCAGUGUGA